UCCUCUCUCUGCGGCUCCGCCAGAUUGACAGUUAACUCCGGGCGGACGGCUCCUCGGCUAACUUUAUCAAAUCCUGCACGCUGGAUUUAACGCUGAUUCCGGAUUACACCCGUCUUCCUCAUGAGUGCCCAUCGCUGCUGAAGUAACGCACGAGGAAAUGAAAGUUUAAGAGCGCCCUUUAGCUGUGAAAAAAGAGAGAAAAGUAAAAUCGGGGGAUUAUUUGUGUUUCAUGGCUGCUGGGGAUGGGUCCCAGCUGCCGGCGACAAUAGCGGCCAGCAGGAGCGUGGAGAAAUCCCUGGAGGAGGCAGCGGCGAGCGGAGCCUUAGUCUUAUCCAACCGAAAACUGAAGGAGUUUCCCCGGACAGCGAAGAACUAUGACUUAUCCGACAUUACACACGCAGACCUGUCGAAGAACCGGCUGUGUGAGCUGUCAGAGGAGCUGUGCCAGUUCAUCUCUCUGGAGACACUCAGCAUCUACCACAACUGUGUGCGUUCUCUGCCCGCGUCGCUCUGUCAGCUACAGGCCCUCACCUACCUCAACCUCAGUCGUAAUCAGCUGUCCAGUUUGCCCCCGUCCAUAUGUCAGCUCCCCCUGCUGCGAGUCCUUAUCAUCAGCAACAACAAAUUAUCAGUCCUCCCAGCUUCCAUACACACUCUGACACACCUCCGACAACUGGAUGUGAGCUGUAAUGAGCUGCAGAGUUUGCCAGUGGAGCUGGGUCAGCUGGAGUGUUUACGGGAUUUGAACUUGAGGAGAAACCAACUCACCACCCUGCCAGAGGAAUUGUCUGAGCUGCCGCUCGUACGCUUGGAUGUUUCAUGCAACCGCAUCUCCCAUGUUCCAGUAUGCUAUCGGCAUCUGCAGCAUCUGCAGACCAUCUCUUUGGACAAUAACCCUCUGCAGAUGCCCCCGGCCCAGAUCUGCUCCAAAGGGAAGGUUCACAUCUUCAAGUACCUGAACAUGGAGGCGUGCAAGAGGAGCCAGGACCAGCUGGAGAGAGCUUUGCGGCCCAGCGGCUUCAACAGCUGUCUUUCAGAUCAGGAGCUGUUUCUUGGUCAGUAUAGUGGGCUGGACUCUGGCUUCAACAGUGUGGACAGUGGCAGCAAGAGAUGGUCAGGAAAUGAGUCUGCUGAUGAUUUCUCAGAGCGAUCUCUGCGAAUGCCUGAAAUUUCCCGUGAGCACACAAAUCUACAGGAAGAAGAGGAGAAAGAUAGGCUGCUGAAAACACCCAAAGUGGUGAAUGGAGAUAUAGAGCAGGUGGAUUUUAUUGACAACAGUGUAACAGAAGAGGAGGAUGAGAGCUGCAAGCCGGAGCCUCCUAGUCCUCCACAAACAUCACCCCCACAGGAGAAGACUGAAAGCAGCAGGACCACACCCUCCCAAAGCCCAGACUCCGUAGGCAGCAGGAGAUGUGUGGGCAGUGACUCAGCAGAAGGCUCUCCAUCCAGUCCUACGCUGGAGGAGAAGAAAAGGCCUGGAACGCUGCAGCUGUGGCAGGAGAGAGAACGAGCGCAGCAGCAGCGAGAGAGGGCCCGGGACAGCACUUUGCAGAAGAUGGCAGUGAAAACAGGAAGUCACUCGGUGGUGACAGCCAAACAGACAGGAACAGGAAGUGUCUCAGGUGGUGAGUCUACAGAAAGCAGUGCCUCUGUUAAUGGACUCAGACAGAGAUGUGCGAGUGCGGAUCAGAUGAGCUCCACCUUUCAGUCAGUAUCCCUGCAGCGCUCAGCAAGCCGCACAGAUGUUCCCUCCACUAAGCCCUGCUCUCCCACUGGCUCUACUCCCAAACCCAACAGCUUCCUCUUCCGUACUUCUUCACGCUGCAAUGUCAAGCCUUCAGGCUCUGUGCAGUGUUUGGCUGAGUCUGGUCGCAGUGAGUCUCGUUCUACGCUCAAAUCACCACGAGAGGAGAGAGCAGACGUCUCUCACUUACGCAAGUCUCUGGAGUCUCGUCUGAAGAUCACUCUUCCUGAAGACUUGGGGGAAGCAUUGUCUAACGGCACAGUCCUCUGCCAGCUAGCCAAUCAUGUACGCCCUCGAUCUGUGUCAAUCAUCCACAUUCCCUCCCCCGCAGUGCCAAAACUGAGCGCUGCCAAAUGUCGCCUCAACGUUGAAAAUUUCAUCGCUGCCUGCCGCAAGUUGGGUGUUCCUGAGACGGAGGUUUGUUUAGCGUCUGAUAUCCUGUGCAGCAAGCUGCGUGCAGUACAGCGCUGUGUGGAGGCUCUGUUGGCGAUAGGAGGAGGAGAGGAGGAGCUGAAGGAGGAGGAGAAAGCUUUAUCUCCCUCACCCUCUCCCUUCUCCAUCGUUCCCACCGGCUUCCUGCUCUUCUACUGCCUCGCCAUGGCCCUGCUCUACCUGCUCUACCAGCACCUAACUGCAUAGACUGUGUGUGCGUGCGCGUGUGUGUGUAUGCAAGAGUGUGCGACUGUGUCCUAAUCAGUGUGUGUCGCUUUCACACAUUAACAAAGCUUCCCAGCAGUGCACUUCCACAGAGCUGGCACAAGCUGUGACCUAUGAGGCAUAUGCUGCUCACCACAGGACGGAGCAGGAUGGAAAUGCAAAACUAAAUGAGCAUAUGUAAGGGCACUGCCAUCCACAUAGCCUGGCACUGACGCAGUGUGCACACUUAAACCCAGUACUGCACUGUUACACUGCAGUAAAUAGGCACAGAAUGAACACAGUGACUGUUUUAUGCUGUAGAUUAUCUCUCUUACCAGAGUUGUAUAUAAAAUGUAGAAUACUGUUACAGAAACGGCUGCAAAAUUAAUCUUCAUGAUAUGCUCUUAAAAAUAAAGGUGCCAAAAAGGGUUCUUUUGGAGCAGUGCCAUAGAGGAGCCACUUUUGCUUCCCCUACAGAA